AUGUCGUGUGUUCAACAAUUUCCGCAGCAUCUUCUAGAUCUAGUCAAAACAUCCAAAUACGUGCAUGUGGCUACCUGUUCUACAGAUUGCAUUCCAUCGGUCAGUCUUAUGAACUAUAUAUAUGUUCCCGGAGAACGUUCUUUUGCCCCAGAGGACCGGUCGUGCGACUACAUUGUAUUUGCCACGCUAAAUAACACUGAAAAGUAUCAAAACAUUAUUUCUAAUCCGAUCGUUUCUCUGCUGUUUCAUGAUUGGAUCACAGCGAAGAAUUUAUCGUUGAAAAAACGGUCUCUAUCAAAGUCAUCAGCCUCAGAUCAAGAAGAGGUUGCGGAAGGAUCGGGCACGUCUCAUUCAAGUAAGCUGCUGAACCUUUUGCAAGAGUUGAAUCAAUCUGAAUUAUUUCAAAUGAGUGCCACCAUUCGAGGUCACGCAGCAGUUAUAGCACCAAACAGUGAAGAAUCAUCACAUUACAAAAAGCUACUGCUAAGGACUAACCCAGAUGCUCAUGUCUUCAUUGAGGACGCCAAGACAGUAAUCAUAAAAGUCAAAAUUCAAAGUGCGAAGGUUACGGACUCUGAGAAUAACACGAGCAUUUAUACUUGA